CUACAUCGCCCACACUGCACUUCGCUAGGUUACGUAAUGCCCCAGCGUUCCUCCCGAGAACGGUUGACAGCCGUGAAGAGCAGGCCGAUGAGGGUAAACAAACUAGAAAUAGAACAAAUAAUCGUUUAAAUAUCGAAACUUUCAUCGCAGUCAGUAUCAGGACUAUGUUUAUUGUUGUUACAAAACAGACCGAAUGUAGUUAACUGACAAAGUCUCCAGCAAAUACUGAUUCUACACUUGUUUAAGAUAAAUAGGUUAAGUUAGCUAACGUGUGCUAGCUAGCCAGCUGGCUAGUCGUCCAUCAUGUCGUCGCCCUCUUCCUCCUCCAGGCGACAAUGGUGCUACCUGUGUGACCUGCCCAAGAUGCCCUGGACCGUGGUGUGGGAUUUUAGCGAGGUGGUAUGCCGCGGCUGUGUCAACUACGAGGGCGCUAAUCAGAUAGAGUUCCUCAUAGCUAGCGCCAGGCAGCUCAAACGGACGCACGGGAUGCAGGACGGCAACGUGAGGUCGCCUGGUCCCUCUCCCAACAAGCACGCCUCGUCAGGCCGGGGAGAGGCAGCCACAGAAGGCGGCAGGCAACACAGCGAGCGCUUUGAGAGGGGAGGCCGCGGAGAGAGCACCGUGUCCGCCGCUCGAGUGCCGCCCAAUGGGCUGCACCGUGACGGCCAGCCGCCCCAAGAGGUGAACCGCCAGAGUCCAAGUGGAAGCCGGAGACCGAUGAUAGGAGCGGCGAUCCCCCCGAACUUAGUGACUCAGAGCAUUGCAGGGAUCCCCCAUGGGCUUUUGGCGGGUAUGCCGGCGGGCCUGACAGCCAGGACCGCCCCCAUGAGCAGCCCGAUGAUCUUCCCGGCGCCGGUGCUAGCCGAGAUGAACCGCAGACAGCUGGGCAUUGGCAUGGGCAUCGCCCCCUUCAUCACACCGGAGCUGGAAAGGGAGCUGAGCUCCUCCCAGCCCAAGCCUCAGAGUCACACCGGCUCUGUUUCCAGCAGCAAAACCGCCGGCCUCCCCUCGUCGUCGUCCUCUGUGGCAGGGGGGGUGAGUCAGACUAGCCCCAAGCCUGCUUCUUCUCCGGCGAGGCAGCCACGUCCCCUUGCCGCCAGGUCCGGAGGAGAGCCACUGGCUUCCAGCAGCUCAUCUGAGGCCACUCCCACUGCCGCAGCUCUGCCCCACAGUGGAGCCUCAGAGUUGGGAUCCACUUCAGCCAGCAGCAGCCUGACUGGAACCACUCUGUCCUGCACGCUGUGCCAUGAGAGGCUGGAGGACACACACUUUGUCCAAUGUCCAUCUGUCCCAGGACACAGGUUCUGCUUCCCAUGCACCAGAGUGUACAUUCAGAGCCGCCGAGGCGAUGGUGAGGUCUACUGUCCCAGCGGCGAGCGCUGCCCCUUGGACAACUCAGCCAACAGCCCCCCUUGGGCCUUUAUGCAGGGGGAGGUGUCCACCAUUCUGGGCACCGGCGUGGUGGGGGCCCCGCCGGCCGCUCCCCCUGUAGCCGGGCCCGGACCCGGUGCUAGCGCCGCCAAUGGGGCCGCAGCCCAGAGCGGUGACAUCACCGUCAAGAAAGAGAGGGAGACGUGAUGACGGUUUCCAAGGCAACCUGGACAAAGGCAGGCCCACACUUUGGCACACUUAGUUUAGUCAUGUUGAGUGGACCGGACACACAUUCAUUGGACCCCACCGCCACACACCGCAAUCAGGCAAAUAGGAACCACAAAAUGUAAAAUCAAAGUAACACAAGCGUGUUACCUGCCAGCUGAAUGUAAGAGUAUUUUUACUGCAAGGUUUGUCAAUGUGCAAUGGUCAGUCAUUGUAUGCAACAUUUAGAAGCUGUAAUUGAAAUGAUUGCACGUGGUUUCCUAACCUGGCAAGUUGCUUUGUUUGAAAGAAAGAUAUGUAAAAGGUAGUUUUCUAGAUGCAGACUGCAGCAGUGAGUCACGUUGCUGAACAAUCACAAGAAUGUCCUCACAGACCAACCAAAGCUAAAGCCUAUAUAUGUGUGUAUAAAAUCUAUUUAGCGCUAUAUCUGCUAGUUUACACUUAGUCAGAAAGUGCUGACGGGCCAUUUGUACCCCUACGCCCACCCCUCCUAUCUUGCCGCCAACGCCAGGGGCAGGUGAGCGUGCGCAGACACAUCGUGUAACACAAGUGCCUUGUGCAGAAGUGUCCCGCGUCUUUGUGGGCGUCGCCACGGCGAUGACAAAUCUGUUCCUUUUGUUUUGCGUUUCUUGACUGCAGCUUCAUGUACAAACAGCCAAGCAGGAAUAAACAAGAUGGAA